AUGGCCGCUCUUUCUCAACUUUUAGCUCAUAUCUACACCAUGACCUUAGUCUUCUUCACCAUUCUAAUUCUCGAACUCGUCAUCUUCGUACGUGUCGUGACCAACACAAUCUACGACUCCAGUCGCGGCCGCCCCAUCACCACCAAGCAGUAUCUAAAGCUCAUCGACGAAAAAAACCCGGUCAGCCUGUUCAAGACUGCAGGUUUUUCCGAGUUAUGUGCUGUUUGUUUGUCAACAUUUGAGGAUGGCGAGCAAGUGCGAAAGCUAAAAUGCAAGCACAUAUUUCAUAAGGAUUGUUUGGAUACGUGGCUCCAGCAGGAUUCUGCCAUGUGUCCACUCUGCCGAAAUAAGGUGCUGCCAGAAGAAAUCGUGGUAAAAUUCCGGCAGCACCGAAAUCAACAGUUGGAGUAUGAAGGAAGUGAUGAGGAGCUAAUUUUUUUGUUAUCCGCAUUACAUGGUAAUUAUAUUCGUAGGUUUUUGUAA